AUGUCGACGCCGACGCCCCAACAGACUUAUAUUCCCAGCAAGGUCCUCAAGACCGAGUACCCGCUCAUUGACAAUGACCCGCACUUCAACCGAGUGAUCGCCUACGCGAGACCCUCCGACUAUGUCCACGGCGCCGUGGCAGCCGCUUCCGGUCCCGGUCUUCUCUACGCCAUGGAGCGCUUUGCGCCAUCACACGUCGGACGCGGCGGUUUCGCACGAGCCAUGAGACUGGGCGGCGCUGUUGGUGCCAUCGGUGGCUUCCUCUACUUUUACACAAGAUCGACAUACCGAUUCUACGGAAUGACGGAGAACGCCCGCGAGGUUGAUAUGGACAUGAAGGAGAUGGUUGCCAAGGUCAAGGCCGGAGAGACCCUGUACGGCGAGAGCAAGUUGACUCCCCACAUGCAGGGUGUGGCCGCGCGACAGGGCAGAUACUCGGCUCUGUUCAUGUACGGCAUCCCGUGGUUCAACUUUGUCAACCACAACCAGCACGGUGUCGACACCGCAAAGUACUUCAUCGAGGCCGAGAGGCAGUUGGAGGCGGAGCGAACAGGCAAUGCACAGAGCGAUGUUGCCAGGCUGGGUUAG